ACGCGACCUCAUUCAACUACGUACAUAACACAUACCACAAAUGACAAACACGACGAAAGAUCGUUAAAAACAACCUAAAUAAAAUGUAAAUGUAAUUUUUAAAAACUGUUAUCUAUUGCAUCUCCCCUCCGCACUCUCGAUAUCCGCUUGUAUUAUUUCUAGUUUAACAGAUGAGUAGGAAGCACUAAAGUAGUGAGCCAACUUACGCUCCGUGCCAACGCCCGGUCUCGUCGAAGCUAAGCUAGUGCUAGCCAGUGGUCAUUCCGAGGGCCGCAGAAUUGUCGGCCGCCCUAACACAAGGAAGUGAGAUGCAGACCAUCAAAUGUGUGGUGGUGGGCGAUGGAGCAGUGGGAAAAACCUGUCUACUGAUUUCAUACACCACCAACAAAUUCCCCUCUGAAUAUGUACCAACAGUGUUUGACAACUAUGCAGUAACUGUUAUGAUUGGUGGUGAACCAUACACCCUUGGUUUAUUUGAUACAGCAGGUCAGGAAGAUUAUGACCGGUUACGACCACUAAGCUACCCACAGACGGAUGUCUUCUUAGUCUGCUUCUCAGUUGUUUCGCCAUCCUCAUUUGAAAAUGUUAAAGAAAAGUGGGUCCCGGAAAUCACCCACCACUGUCCCAAGACCCCGUUCCUGUUGGUAGGCACUCAGAUCGACCUCCGCGAUGACCCCUCCACUGUGGAGAAGUUAGCCAAGAACAAACAGAAGCCCAUCACCCCGGAGACAGCUGAGAAGUUGGCUCGUGACCUGAAGGCGGUCAAAUAUGUGGAGUGCUCAGCCCUCACGCAGCGGGGACUCAAGAACGUAUUUGAUGAGGCUAUCCUAGCCGCUUUAGAGCCCCCUGAAACGCAGAGAAAGAGAAAAUGCUGUCUGUUCUGAUGUCUGACUGACUCUCUUUGCCUCUCAAUCGUCUGCUGCUUACUCAUUGUAAAGAAAACGUCAAGCUAAUUACUAAGAUGAAAUGUUGGGGAACAUUUUGUCCUUGCGUUCCAACUCGGCCUAAUCACACUUACACAGGCUGCCUGAUCUGACAAGAGUGCCAAACUUCACUUCUACUUCCCUGCAUGCAUGUCUCUGUCACAGAGAAUUCUGGUUGUUUCUAGUGUCAUUUGUACCCUAAGAAGCAUUUACCUCCACGUUCUUUUUCUACUGAUUUUUUUGUCUUCCCGUCCUCUGCUUCCCUUAUGGGGGAGUCGUGUCUCAUGUCAUUUGAAUAAAGGAAUAUCUGAUUUCCUCGCCACAUCGCUCCUCCGCUUCCUUUUUGCUGUUAGUUCCCAGCGGAUGUCGUGUUGUCUUUGUUUUGAAACUGUCUUGUUUCCACAGAAAGGAUUAAAGAAUGUGUUUGAUGAGGCAAUACUGGCCGCCCUGGAGCCCCCCGAACCUAAGAAAAGACGUAAAUGUGUUCUGCUCUAAGUUUGGCCUCAGCCUUCUCCGCACCCUUUCCUAGGUUAGCAAUACACAGACCACCACAAGUUGAAAGUUCAUGAAAUAUUUGCCUCCUGCCUGAAUUAACCUAAAUACAUAUUCAGCGUGAGCAUGGUUAAGAAUUGAUGCGGUUUGUGCUGACUUCAUACUUCGAAAUGGCCUCACACCAUGACUUUUAAAAAUAUAUCAAAAAGUAGGGGACGUCUAGACAAUUCCGCUUCAUUUAAGUCUACAGAAUUAAUGCACAGAGUAGUUGAGUGCGUUUAGUUGCUCAUUCAAUCAGAGUAUGAAUAUAAAACCCCCAAAUCAGCCUUGGGACAGAUCUAGUUGACCCAUUAGUGCUUUUAGCUAACAAUGCCAGUUUAUAUUGCAGUGUGAACACUCCACACACAAAGUUGUAUUUAUCUUGAAUACUUAACACAAAUGCUGAUAUUUCACUUUGUAGGUGCAGAGAACGAGGCCAGCGUAUGCUUUUUAAAGAUGGCCGACACGGCUACGUUACAUCAGAUAGUGACGGUGUGUCACACUUCUUUACAAAACUUAAGUGUUUUGAUUCCAGAUCCUGUGAAGGUUUUUAAAUGCCAGAAAGUGUUUGCAUUGGUCUUGUACUAUCGCCACUCCUAGAUGAGGGCUUGAUUUAUUUGUACAUAUGCUUGGAAUAAAUCAUAACUUAUUGACUGAUAAGUGUGCAUUACUGAUGCAAGUUAAGAGAGAAGUUCAGGUGAUGCUGAAAUAAAAUGACCAGAAAGUGUUCAUUCCAAUCGGAAGAUGGGUUUAUUUUUAUUUUUUCCUUUUCAAUUUAACAUCAACCUGUACUGUAUUUUCCUUGUGAUUAAAAUGUCACAAUAAACCAGUAUUUUGAAAAC